AUGUCGCGGGACGAGUUGGACGGCGAUCACAAGUACGACCGGUCGGGCAUCGAGUUCUUCGAGGACCAGUCCGUACACGAGUACUGGCGCUCAGCGAACGCCGACUAUCACCGCAGCGGUUACGAUAGGGGACACUUGGCCGCGGCGGGCAAUCACCGGCGCGACCACAAACUGGUCGCCCAGACGUUCGUGUUGUCCAACAUCUCGCCACAGGUGGGCAAAGGGUUCAAUCGGGACGCGUGGAACCGAUUGGAAAAGUACUGCCGGUGGCGCGCGCGCCGCUCCGACGGCUUGUGGGUGUGCACCGGCCCGCUGUAUCUGCCGGCCCGCGACCGCUCUGAUGGUAAACUGUACGUGAAGUAUGAGGUGAUUGGCCGCAACCACGUGUCAGUGCCCACACACUUCUUCAAAGUACUCGUUUGGCAGACCGACGGCCGCCACUGGGAUAUGGAGGCCUAUGUGAUGCCCAACGCGCCCAUCGAUGACGAUAAGGCCAUCGAGUCCUUUCGGGUGCCGAUCGAUACGGUUGAACGCGCGGCCGGUCUCUUGUUUUUUCAACGCCUCCCAAGACAUCAGUUCCGGUCGAUUAAUGGCAAAAGUGUAUGA